AUGACCUGCCUCGUCGAGACCGGCGGCAACGCUUCCGCUGCGACGGCGCGGAGCAGCGGGCAGUCCCCCCCCCACACGUCCGAAACCAGCUCCACCGACAAGAAGAAUAAGUCGACGUAUUGUAAACAGUACUACGAACGCAACCGUGAGAAGCGCAUCCUCCAGAGCAAAGAGUACCAGCGGCGAAAUCGCGACAAAGUUCGCGCAUAUCGGCAACAGAAUCGCGACAAGGAGCUCGCACGGAUGAAGGUGUACAACAAGAUGUGGUACCAGCAGAACCGCGACAAAGUCCUGGCGCGGCUGAAACAGUAUCGCAAGCAAAACCCGGAAAAGGAAGCCAAGUGGGUCAAGGACUACCGACAACGCAACAAAGACAAGAUCAACCAGCGCAAGCGCGAACGCUACUCCAAGCGAAAACGAUCGGGUAUGGACACCCCGUCAAGGGUGGUCGCGGCCCCCGCCAUGGCCCUCGACUAUGUGCUGAACAACGCCACAACGGAGGGGGUCGACUGGACCCCGGAACCCUCCAAUCUUGCGGGGUCUUCGUGGUUACCAUCGCUGCACCCCAUGCAGUCGGCCUUGCCGCCACCCAAAACGAGCCUCUCCUUCUUGCUCAACGCAUAG